CCUCCCUCUCGGGGCCGCGAUGGCCAAGAACACGUCGGAAGGGUCGGGCAAGGAGGAUCUGAGCAAGGUUCCGGACGAGGAGCUGCUACGCUGGAGCAAGGAGGAGCUGGCGCGGCGGCUGCGGCGGGCAGAGGGCGAGAAGAUGGGCCUCAUGGUGGAACACGGGAACCUGAUGAAGGACGUCAACCGGCGGCUGCAGUUGCACCUCCACGAGAUCCGCGGCCUCAAGGAGGUCAACCAGAAACUGCAGGACGACAACCACGAGCUGCGGGAGCUCUGCUGCUUCCUGGACGACGACCGGCAAAAAGGCAAGAAGCUGUCGCGUGAGUGGCAGCGCUUCGGUCGCCACACGGCCGGCGUGCUGUGGAAGGAGGUGGCCCUGUCCCAGCAGAAGCUGCGCGAGCUGGAGGCCCGCCAGGAGGCCCUGGUGCGGGAGAACCUGGAGCUCAAAGAGAUCGUGCUCAUGCUGGACGAAGAGCGCAGCGGCGCCGGCUCCCGCAGCUCCAUCGACAGCCAGGCCAGCCUCACCAACCUGGCGGGGGUCGCCGGGGGUACGGGGGCCCGCGACGUGGGCGACGGCAGCAGCACGUCCAGCACGGGCAGCGGCGGCAGCCCGGACCACCACCACCACCCGCUGCACCCCCAUGGGCACCUGCCGCCGCCAGGCCCUCAGCAGCCGCAGCAGCCCGCCGCCCCCGCGCCUCCGCUUCACAAAGCUGCGGACCCUAAGUCCGGCGCCACCAGAAGAUCCUUGGACGACCUGUCCGCGCCCCUGCACCAUCGGAGCAUCUCCAAUGGACUCAACGACUCCUCUUGCAAUUACAUCAGACAAUUGGAAACGAAGGUGAAACUGCUGGAGGAUGACAACAAGCUUCUCUCUCAGGUAACAAGCCGCCACAUCCGGUCAAGGAGCUGGCUCCAGCAGUCCAGUUCUGGGGACUUCAGGACUCUUCGGAAGGGGCUGUCCCCUUAUCACUCAGAGUCACAGCUGUCAUCCUUGCCACAGUACCAGGAUGCCCUGCAGAAUGGUCCUGCUCACAUGACAGCCGAGCUUUCUUCCUCCCCUGCAAUGGGCUAUGUCCCUAUGGGACAUAAACCUGAGGCAGUAGUGCAUGCUAUGAAGGUCUUGGAAGUUCAUGAAAACCUGGACAGGCAGAUACAGGACAGUUACGAGGAGGACCUGAGCGAAAAGGAGAAAGCAAUCGUCCGUGAAAUGUGCAAUGUUGUAUGGAGGAAGCUUGGAGAUGCAGCAAGUUCCAAACCUUCCAUCCGACAGCACCUUUCAGGAAACCAGUUCAAGGGGCCCUUGUAGGAGCUUUACUCUGAAGACUGGGGAUGAGUGUGUAUGGGGGAAUGACUUCUUAGGAAUGGGACACUGGGAGAUGCACAAGAGGGCAAGAGGGAGGGACCUCUCACUCCCUCUGGCUGCCAGAAUUAUUUUUGUGGUGUUCUUUGUAAAUAUGGCAGCUUUGGUCUAGGGUACUCUUGAGGUCCUAGGAUGGCUUUUCACUGGGGAAGCAGUCAUUUUCCAUAUACUACAAAUUGAGUCCUGAUCAUCCUGUUUCAGAAAUACCCAACUGGAGGGUUUUGGGUGGCCCAGUGGAGCCCCUCUCACCUGCUUGAAUAUAUGGACAACUUUUCCCAUCUUUGGUACUGAAAUGGCUUUUUCAAGAGUGAGUUGGAAUGAGGUGCAAGUUUCUGGUUGGGUUGUUCAAAACCUAGCCUAGAAGUUCCACUUUCCUUUUUGGGGGUUUUCAGCCAUAUAAUUCCUGGGGUCAUGGUGGUAUGGGUUGGGGGUACAAUUUCUGAUAACCCUAGUUUGUGCUUUUAGAAUCCCCUAGGGGAAAAGACCCUUGAUAUCAGAAGAUUCAUCUCAUCCUGUCUCAUACUUAAUCCAUCCCAAAAAGAGCCUAAUGAGAUACUGGGCUUCUUUUGUUUAUUUACUUAGCCCUGAACAAAGGUACCACGUAGUUUUCUUCCUCAUGUGAAUAACUUUCCUCAUGAUACCAUGGAUCAGAACACCAUUUCAUGCUUUAACAUUUAUGUCUUGAGAAAUCUGAUGUAGUAUCUUGAUGGUGGCCAAUCCCCACAAUCCACCAGCUUCCCUUUCAUAGACCAAGUCCCUUUUGCCACGAGCCAGGUGAAGUUUCCUUUGAACUCUGAGGUUGAGUCCUGUUAGGCAAGUAAACAACCUGGAGUUUACUGUGGAAAAGGCCUGGAGUGCUCUGUGAAAACACCCGGGAACUGGUCCACAUUAGUAUUAGUUACUUCAAAGACCAAAAUGAGUCUACCUUUUCUCUAUUACCUACUUUCUCUCCCCACUAAGUCUUGGUUGAGAACUUCAUAUCUCCAAGGAUUUUAUGUGUAGUUUUUCUCCUUCCUACACUUCCCACCAUAGUUUACUGUGGUUUGUUCCUGGUGAUGAGUCUCUCCAGACAGUGGAGGAUCUUUAGAUGAAAUAAAUUUCCUUUGUUGGGCCUUUAGUGGAAAUUUUUCUAGAUUGAAAGUGCUGGGCAAGUCUUGUACAUUGCUGACAUAAGACUUUGAGAAUCUAGGGAGUUUCUUAUCAGUGGGUCAUAAAUUGAUGUUUUAUAAACCUCAAGGGUUUUUAGUCUCCUCCAUGGAAUUGCUCCUUGCUUAGGCUUCUUGAUGAUCUUCUAUCACGGGUUGUUCUCUCUCCAAUUCAGGAAUAUUUUAGUCCAAUUUAAUUGACAGAAGAGAAACAAAGGUCUCUGUAGAAAACAGACAUUGCCUUCUCAGAAUGUAUCCUCUGCUUUUACACACACACACACACACACACACACACACACACACACACACAAAAUUACAUUAAAAUUUUAGAGUUGGAAGGGAUUUCAAUUGCCAUCUAGUCCAACCCAUAUGUGGGAAACUGUCCCCACCACCUGACAAAUGGUCAUUGGGCCUUUGCUUAAAGACCACCAGUGAGGGGGAACCUACUGAAGCCCAAGGCAGCCCAUAUCCACUUUGGGGCAAGUAGAUAGCCCUAAUUAUUAGGAAGUUUCCCCUUAAUAUCAAGCAUAAAUUUACCUCUAUUUGCAAUUUCUACCCAUUGCUCCUGCUAAUGUUCUCUGUGGCCAAACACAAUGAAUCUAAUUUCUUUUCUACAUUACAUAACCUUUUAAGUAUCUGAAGGCACCUGUCAUAACGCAUCUUCUCUCCUAAUCCCUUAGACCCAUCCUCAUCUGGAAUGGACAUGAGGACUUUUACAAUUCUAGUUGCCCAAUCUCCACCCCCUCCCCAAUUUAUCCACAUCCUUUCUAAAAUGUAGUAAACAGAAACGAACACCAUUCUUCAGGUGUGGUCUAACAUGGGCCAAAUACAAAGAAACUAUCACUUUAUUCCCAUAAAGCUAUGCCUCUCAAUACACAGCCCAAGAAAACAGCUUCUCUUGGCUGCCAUAUACUGUCGACUCAUAUUGAGCUUGAAUUUUAAUAAAACCCCCAGACCUUUUCUGAUGAACCACUGUCUAACCCUAUCUUGUAUUUGUGACUUUACGGAACUUGUCUAAGCCUUUACAUUUAUCCUUAAUAAAUAGCAUCUCAUUAGAUUCAGCCCGAUUUUCUAACCUAUCAACACUGUGUCAUCUAACAUCUACUGUGGUUGGCUUGCAAAGUUGUUAAGGAUGCCAUCUCUCCAUUUAUCUAAAUCUUUGAUGAAGAUUUCCUAGUCCAACCACAUAUCCUUGAAGAACUCCUGCAGACCCAUGAAGUUCAUAUGGAACUACCAAUGACAUGACCAUGAACCACUUAACUGGUUCUGAAUCAAAUUAAAUUGUGAAAUCUGAAUUAAAAUUGUACUCGUAUCUAUUCAACAGUUCUCCAGAGAUACUUCAUUGUUUUGCUAAAAUCUAGGGAACCUUUAUUUCCCUGACAUAUCAUUUAAUAACUAUGUGGAAAAACAGAAGUAAGUUUAGUCUGGAAUGGCUUGUUCUUGACCUUUUAAUUAGGAAUGAAUUUCAUUUGGGAACCAGUUCCUUCCAAGCCUCUAUUUAGACCCAGAAGGUAGCUGGAAGCUCUCUCUCUCUCUCUCUCAGCACCUUAGCUGGGGCUGCAUAUGGGCUUUUGCACUAUUUCCAAUUCUUCUACUCAGUAAAUAGGAAUUAAUGGAUUUGUAAGCAGAGCCAGAGCUGACCUGAGCUGACUAGAAGCCAGGAAGGAAUUGUCCAAAGUCAAAGAGAAUUAAGGCACUGCCCAAGAAGGGACUGGAUAGGAAGCCCAGCAUUUAACUAUUGGGAUAUCAGACCUGACCCUCCAGUGAGGCAUAGUGGAAAGAGCACUGACUUGGGAAUCCACAAACCUGUGUUCUAGUCCUCCCUCAGUUAUUUAUUAUGUGGCCUUAGCUAAGUUACUUCUCUCUAGGGCUAUUUCCUCAUGAAAAAUCUGUCUCCCUCAUGUGAGUGUCACAAGAAUCAAAUGACAUAAUGGACAUAAAAGGGCUUUGCAAAACUGAAGGUUCUACUAAGUGAGAAGCCAUUACUAUUUUUCUGGAAGGUGGAAAAUGUUGAAAUUUAGUGAUGUCAACUCAGUUUCCUCAUCCUACAAUGAGGGGAUUGGGCUAUAUUGCAGCUCUAACAUUAUGCAUUUCUAAAUCUAAAGUCCUGAUUCAUUGAUGGUCUACCAUUGUUUUUUAAUUCACAUCAUUUCCAAUAAAUUGUAGGUGGAUAAGUGACAUUGUCUAUUUUCAUGCCCAGUUUCUUUGUCUCCUUCAAGUAUACUUGGAAAUAGGGCUCUACUGAGUCACUUUUCCCUUCUGAUAUAUUACGGUGAUUUGAAUUCCCUUCCUUAAAAAUUGAGGCAACACAUCAUAGUAGUUUGAUUUGCCCUUGAAGCCAACAAGAUAUAAUCCUGGACAAAUCCCUGAACUUCCCAGCGGUCUUAGGCAAUUUUCUAAGGCUGUAAAAGUUACAGAGAAGUCUUAAGUUGGUAGAAGGAGUUUCCUAUACCAGAGAAAUCAUAGGUCCAGUUCCUAUCCUCGACUGACCUUAAAAGUUCACAUUUUUAAAAUGCUGAAUCCAAACCUUCAUUUGUUCAUGGGAUAUGUGAUUGUGAGAUCACUGCUCAGUGAUUUCCCUCAUUUGUAUGACUUUGCUGCUGACUUCUCUCUAUCACCAUGGGGCUUUUGAAUGGUAAUGAUUUACUCUAGCAAUUCAAUCUUGAGAUGCAAGUAAGAGUUUGCAAGUAUGAAGCACAUUUUUGUAAUGGUUGUAAAAGUUACAGGUAGGCAGAUUUCAUAUCAUUAUAAGCAAGAACUUCUGAACAUAGUGGCCUUGAAGAGAUUCCUUCAUUGGAUGGGUGGCCCCUUCUAAUAAUGUUCAGUUUUUCUCUUAACACUGCAGACCUGCAAAUGAGAUGACAAAUUCAGUUUGUUAAGAGACAACAGACAUCUUUGAUGUCUAUUUGGAAAUGCAUUGGCUAAGACAACUGCACAAAAAAGCAAUAACCAACAUUGAUUUGACCCAUAAAUCCAAAAAUGAAUAGUAGAGUGACCUUUGCAAGUUACAUUUUAGCUCUAACACUUUUUCUGCCAAUACCUGCUUCCAAAUUGGGGCACAAGUUAUGAAGCAGUUUUCCCACAGAAUCACACUUUUAGGCAGCAUCUUAGUAUGUAAAUAAUCUUUAAGUCUCUGUUAAUUCUGAUUUCACUCUGCCACAGCCCAAACCAGAAAGGGAUAGCUUCCAGGUUGAAGAUGGCACCCAAUUAUGUUCCCAAGAGGCUAGUGUUUCUUCUAUGGACUUUUGAGUUUGUUUUAUUUGGGGGACACAGGAAACUUACUAAGUACCUAAAUAAGACAUGCCUCUACCAAAGUACACAAAGUAUACAAUAUACAGUCUAUCUAGAUACGGAAGACACCUGAAUACUAUCUUAUGAAUCCCUAAGCCUAGAUUCUGGUUGUCCUUAAAGCCUAAAUCUUUGCUGUCUUCCAGAGCAACUGAACAGCAUUUCUUAAGUUUCGUUACAACAGCUGUACUGCAGUGUUUACUAUCAAGCUGUGCUGGGGUGACCCAUUGUACCUCAGAAUCCAAACCUGUUGAACACAAGAAGGCACAUUUUUAUUCAAAUGUCACUAAUGUUAUGUCAGUGUUUAAACAAAAGGAAAGUGACCUUUCAUCUUUUUGAACUGGAGAGGGCAAGAAUAAGACUACUGAUCUUUUAAAGAAGCAAAGUGCGUGACUAUAAAGUGGUAAAAUUGUAUAUUUUUCAUAAAGUGGGGCAUGUCUCUUUGUGCUGCUCUGUGGAAAUCUGCUGGAAAGUGUAUGAUUUCUGUAUAGCCUGUGACUUGCCAGUGCCCAACCAACCCCCCCACCCCAUUUUUUCAUAGACUGUGAUUUACAUGAGAACUGGAACAAAUAUGUUCCUGCUGUUUGUGUACAGAGCAAAAAGCCCUUUAGACUUUAGCACGAAUUUUUACCUUUUACUGAAACCACUUUGAUUUUCUUGGGAGAAGGAAAAUAGAUUUUUUUGGACAAUGUGUGGUUAAAAACAUUGAUUUGAAAUAUUUUAGUAAAAUGAAGUCAGAGAUAUGAUUGUGAUAGUGUAUACUUGCAGUUAAAUGAAAUAAAGUAACUUCUUUGUAAGCAA